GUGCGGAGAGAGUUUAAAUUUAAAUCAUGCGCUUCCCGCUCUCCGAUCUAGCAGACGAAUUCACUUUGCGAUGUGAUGUUUGUGUACGAGGGAGGCUUUGCGAACCUAUCAUCGCCAAAUCGAAUAAUUUCGUAUUAAAAGAUUUUUCAACGAGGUUUCAGUGAAAUAAAAACAAUAAGCGCGUUGAGGAGAGGAUUUUUAUUUAAUGAGAAACGUCGUGGUCAGGUUGGCAGUGCUCGAAACCGAGGUGUGGCGUCCGAUAGGUUAUGUUUCGUGCGACUCGUGCUUGAAUAAUAAUAAUUUACAAUAGAAUAGAGUGCAUGAAAGGGUGCGGUGCGUCGAAUAUCGGUUCUCUUUCGUUCGUUACCAUAUUGCGUUUGUUAUUUUGCAAGAACGGGAACAAACAACGUGGCAAUUGUCGACCGCGACACGUCGAUCGUUUAUGGUUGUUGACUCGCCCAGUUUUGUUUUGUUUUCCUCGUAUCUAAGGAAACUAUCACACCCGCACCUCCUCACCAAUUAUCUAUUUGCGCCAGUUACGUGGAAACGUAGGUCAACAGCUGCAGGUUCCAGAGAGAUAUUCAAUGAAAUAAAGAUAGACAUUCAUUUUGGGAAAGAUUUAUUUGAAAUCUCAGAAACAUGUUUUAUUACGCCGGUUUCAACACCAGUAGAUUAUUCUCCACUGACGAGAAUAUUACUUUCAUUGUUAAUCCUUUUACCAAAAUCCCAUUUCCUGGUAUCACCGAUUUUCAAAUAGGCUGGGGGUUUUUCCUCCUUUCGAAGGGGGAGGAGAUUUAUAUUUGCAAAAACUCAGCGGAGGAUAGUAAAGAUUCGAUUACUCAACCAAUACGAAUACCAGAAAAACCAUUAGACAGUUUCAGACAAGCUGCGAUUGGUAAAGACAGCAUAAUAAUUUUAUCCAAAGACAAUGAGAUUUGGCGAUAUAAAAUCUAUGAAAAUUCCUGGAAGAAAGUUACCAACUUCAUUCCUAGUAAUAGCGAAUCGGAAAAUGAGUACCCCGUUAAAGUAUCGCAAGGAGGGUGCACCGUAGCCCUUACCAAUUUAGGUCGAGUGUUCAACGUCCCUACGCUGGUCGACAUGCCAAAGAGGGUUCGAUUUAUGGACAUCGCUUGCGGAUUUGAUCAUACUAUCUUGUUAGCCGGAAACGGUGACGUUUAUUCAAUGGGAACGGGAACGCGCGGUCAGUUGGGUCACGACGAUUUAGAAGACAGCGAUGAUCCGAGGCUGAUCGAAGCCUUGGCUGGCAUCAAAGUCGUACAGAUCUCUGCCGCCGGUUGGCACAGCGCCGUGAUAACUGAUCAAGGUGACUUGUACACGUGGGGGUGGAAUACGCAGGGAGAAUUAGGCUUGCCUAAUCGGGACAGCAAAGUGAUCGCUGUCCCCUCGUUAGUAGAUCUGAUGAACGAACAGGACGAGAGUAUAGAAGUUUUUGUGAAAAAAGUACAAUGUGGAAAUACGUUCACCGUUUGCAUGGCGGAUGACGGGACGCUUUGGGGUUGCGGAUCUAACAAAUACGGGCAAUUAGGACAGCCCCGCGAAAGUCUCUCGAGCUCCUCGAAAUUCGUCAGACUGACUGUCCCUUUGAAAGCGGAAACUAUCGAAGAUUUCAACUGCGAUGAAUGGGGUACCGUCCUUAAAACGACUGAAUAAUUUCUUACUGACAAGAUUGUAACUUCGCGUGAGGGAAAUAAAGAAAAUAUUUUUGAAACAGUCAAAACUCGACCACGUUCAUCGCUUCGUUCGCCUCUAUCAGCGGCAGAAUGAAUUCCCUCUUCCGUAUCAAUUCCUUAUCCUCGUGCAAAGACGGUGGAGGUGUAUAUAUAGGUACGUCCGCCUUCGCCUUCCUACCUGUAAUGCAAAAAUCCACUACAAUUCGAUGCUCUUAACGCAUUAAAAUU